AAAAAAAUUGUCAAAACAGAACAGUGAAGUACUUUUAAAUACCUUUCUUGUAAUUCUGGAUUUAAGUCAUCUUCUUCUUCUCCGUUCUUCUUGUAUUGGUUUCUACACUUGUUGGACUGCUUUUGUUUCUCGAAGCAUUGAAAGAAAUACGUUUGUUUUCAGAAAACAAUAGCAAAAUGGUGUCUUUGAAUUGUUUUCAUUAUGUUUGGGAUUGAGUUUGAUGACAGAGCAAGCUGCAAAAUCUUUGUUCUAUGUAUUGCUUUGUGAGUGAUAAAGGUUGGAGGCUUAUAAAAGUGACUACUUGGAGGAUAUUUGCAUCGUAUCUGUAGUAUGUGCCAAUAUUGUGGUGCUGAACUGAGAAGGGAAAGGGAGGAGCAGAGGAAACAGGAGAAUGGAAAUUCUUUGAGAUUAAAUUGUGAAGACCCUAUUUGGUCCUGUAGAGUCUGUAGGGAGAAGCAUUUAAAAGAAUACAUGAAGCAGGAUAAUUUGAGUCCCUUAUCAACACCACUGAUUAGUCCGAUGACUUCUUUAUCAAGCAUUGAUCUCUCUUUCUCAAGCUGCAGUGAUUUUUCAAUUGAUGGAAACUUGUAUGACCGGAGUGUACAAGGGAAAGCUGCAACGAACAUUAAUAAAGAGGAUCCUAGUUUUAGGGUGAGUAGCCAGAUGCAAAGCUCAUGCUUAGAAGGUCCAGUGAAUGGACAUGAUAGAUCAAAUAAUAUGACAUGUGGCAGUUUAAAAGAUGGCAGUAGUGGCUAUGAUAAUGACAUAAUGAUAGAUGUUGAAAUAUUGUCAGCUAGCAAAGUUCAAGAAUUAAAGGUUAAUGUUUGUGAAAUUAUUAGUAGAUCCCACAAUAAUGCAUGUGAACAAGAAAUGGCUGCCAAUAUUUGGGAACCUCCAGAAGCAGAAGACCCAGAGGAUGACAUUGAGGGUGUUGUGGGUUAUGAUGAUGAUGAUGAUGAAUGUGGUGAUGGCACAAAGUGGGGUAAGCCAAGUUCUUUGAGUGACCUCAGAGAUGAAGGCAGCGGGAAAUAUAAGUUCAAAGAGAAAAAACAGAGAGCAAUGGAAGCAGUGAUGAGUGGUAAGUUCAAGGACAUAGUGAAUCAACUUCUCAAAUCUGUUGGCAUUUCCUCUUGUAUAAAAGAUGGAGAAAGUUGGGUGAAUAUAGUUACCUCGUUAUCAUGGGAAGCUGCUUCCUCUUUGAAGCCCAAUGCUAUAGAUAAAGUAAGGGAUCCAAAUCACUUCGUAAAAGUAAAAUGCAUUGCAACUGGUUCUCGGAGCCAAAGUGAAGUAAUCAAAGGGUCGGUUUUUAAGAAGCAUGCUGCUCACAAGCACAUGCCAACCAAGUACAAGAAGCCUAGGUUGUUGCUUGUCCAGGGCGUGCUUGGUCAAUCUCAUAGUGGGUUGUCAUCAUUUAACACAAUGGAGCAGGAAAAGGGUCAAGUUAAAUCUGUGAUGGAGAUGAUUGAAAUCUGCAAUCCAAAUGUGGUUCUAGUUGAAAAAACAGUUUCUCGUGAUAUCCAAGAGUCAAUUCUUGCGAAAGGAAUGACGUUGGUCUUAGACAUGAAGCUCCAUCGGCUAGAACGAGUUGCUCGUUGUACUGGUGCACCAAUUGUAUCAGCUGAGACAUUGACGAGUCCAAAGCUAAAGCACUGUGAUUCUUUUCACAUUGAAAAAUUCAUAGAAGAACUUGCUGGGUUUACUGAAAGUGGAAAGCGGCCAAGUAAAACAUUGUUGUUCAUUGAGGGCUGCCCAACACACCUGGGCUGUACAGUUUUGUUGAAAGGAAGCAACAGUGACGAAUUGAAGAGGAUUAAAUAUGUGGUACAAUGUGCUUUUGUCAUAGCCUAUCAUUUAAUUCUUGAGACAUCUUUCCUUGUUGAUCAGAGAGCAAUGUUUUCUACCGUUCCUUUUGGUGAUGUAGCAGAUGUCUUGCCAACAGAUCAAAAGUACCCUGUUUCAGAAGAUGGUAAAUCUAUAGUACCUUGUCUUGAAGAUACCACAGUUGAAACAGGGUCAUGUUCAAUUGAUAUUGCCAUUUCAGAUGUGUUUCAUGAAGAUAGUACCAAUGCAAAUGGUGGAUUAGAAGGACAUUCUGUAUUAUUUUAUGAGCCGUACAACCCAGCCAUAUUUUCUGGGUUCUCAUUUCUCUCAGCCUCUCUAAAGAAAGUCAUAGGGGAUAGUUUCCCUCCUGCCAAUGCUGCUUCAUAUCAGUCCCUAUCAUCAUUAUUUGGUUUUAGUGGAAAGUUUCUCAAUGGUAAGGUCACAGAAGUGGUUCCAGUUUUAGACAUGGUUGAUUCACACCUGAAUGAAACGAAAACUAAAAGUAUGUCUGAUAAAGAUAAAUUAUCAGAAGAACAUGGUCGUUUACCAUCUAUGUCUGAUGAAGAGAAAUUAUCUGAAGAACAUGGACAAUCACCAUCUAUGUCUAAUGAAGAGAAGGCCUUUGUGAACACUAGGAAAGAUUAUGCUAAUGACGAAGAUGAAGUGAAAACUAAGGAGGAUUCAAAUGUGGCAUUGGAUUCUCAGAGUAUUUUGGUUUUGAUGUCCAGCUGGAAUGCUUUCAGGGAUUCUAUAUGUGAGCAAAGUCAUUUUUCUCACAUCAUGUUCUACAAGAAUUUUGAUAUUCCUCUUGGGAAGUUUCUUCAAGAUAAUUUACUCAAUCAGAGAACCCACUGUGCCACAUGUGGCGAAUUGCCUGAAGCUCACUUCUAUUGUUAUGCACAUCAUAGGAACCAGCUUAAGAUACAAGUGAAACGGCUUCCUGAUAGAAAGGGCUUGGCUGGAGAAGUGGAAGGAAAAAUUUGGAUGUGGAGUUGUUGUGGUAAAUGUAAAACUAAGAAUGGUGUUUCAAAAUCAACAAAGAGAGUGUUGAUUUCCACAGCUGCCUGUAAUCUGUCAUUUGGAAAGUUUUUGGAACUCAGUUUUUCUCACCAUUCUUUAUCUGAUAAAGCAUCAAGCUGUGGACAUUCUUUGAGCAAAGACUUCUUUUACUUUUUCGGAUUGGGCCCAAUGGUUGCGAUGUUCAGGUACACUCCUGUCAUAACUUAUACUGUUUCUGUCCCACCUCAGAAGCUGCAAUUCAGCAAUCCAGUCAAUAAGGAAUGGCUCAAUGAAGAAGUUUGUGAUUUAUAUGCCAAAGGGAUGUUGCUAUUUAUGGAAGUUGAAAGCUCUUUAAAGAAGAUAGGAUCUCGGUUGAUGGGCUCAAAGCUAAACAUCCAAGGCUCAUUGAAAGAAUUCUCUGUUAUAUUAGAGAUGUUGAAGCGGGAACAUGCUGCGUUUGAGGGAGAUAUUCAAAAUGCUGUUGCUAAGAAUGGGAAUCCAGAUGAAACUGUCCAUAAAGUUCUCUGUUUGAACAGAUUACGAUGGAAGAUUCUGCUUGAAUCAUGCAUUUGGGAUAGGCGACUGCAUUCACUUAUCUUGCCUGAUCCUACAGUGGUUAUUCCUACUGGUGCCACUGAGAAAGUGGUGCAAGAGCAAUCAAAGUCAAAGAUGGAGGGACCUACUAUAGGAAACGAGGGAUCAGAAAAUGAUGUUGGAAGUGGUGACAAGUUUUCCAAUGGUAGUGGCAAUUCGAAGGAUAAAUUGGAUUUAUCAGCUGAAGCAAUCGAAGAUGUAGUCAAGGAAACUCCAAUUGAUGGUCCUCUGAUGGAAUCCAAAGAUUGGGAGGAUAUGUAUAAGAAGGCACCUAAAUUGUCGGAUUAUGCUGGUACACUAGCUCUUGGUUGUUUAAGACCUAACAGUUUAACCAGUGAUGACUUGGCUGCAAGAAAUAAUGGUUCUACCCAAAAUCAUUCAGGGAAUGAUGAUUUUCAAUCAGAGAAAGUUCCUUUCCCUGAAAACUUUAAAAAGGUUGGAACCGUUCCAAAUUGUGCAAAGACUGUAAAUGACCACUCUACAAUUGAUUCAAAUACUUCUGAAAACUGUAUUGUAGAGGGGUUAUCCAACUUAGAAAAAGUUAAUGGAUGGUUCUGGAUGCCAUUUUUAGAACUCCAACAGAUAUACACGAGAGAUCUUCAGAAGGGCUAUAUGCCAAAGUUUGAACCUGUCAGCAGAUACACUUUUGAAAACUUGCGUGCUCUCUAUCAACUAAUAACUGAGGAAGGCUCAAGGCUGCACAUCCCUCUGGGAACAGAUAAUUAUAUGGUGUCAGACUAUGAGGGUGAACUCUCAAGCAUUAUAGCAUGUGCAUUGUCCUUGUUGAAAGAUGUACCUGUAUCAACAGCAUUAAAGGAUGCAGAUAAUAGGAAAUAUAGCGAAAUGGCUGUCAAAACAACUGAAUGCUUACAUAGCCUGAAUCAGAUUCCCACCAUAAAGUGCCCUCGGUGGUCUAUCAGUGGGUCUAUAGAUUCAGAUUCUGAAGUCCUUAGUCCAGAGGUUUCUCUUGGGGUUGCAAAAACUCUUGGAAAGGCUAAAUACUCUGUCAAGUGUCUAUAUGCAAACCAGUUCCAUGAUCUACGAAGUCGAUGCUGCCCAUCUGAGCUUUAUUAUAUAGAUUCUCUCAGUCGUUGUAAAAACUGGGAUGCCAAAGGUGGGAAGAGCAAAUCUUUCUUUGCCAAAACACUUGAUGACAGGUUCAUUAUUAAGGAAAUUAAGAAGACUGAAUUUGAUUCAUUUGACAAGUUUGCCCUGGACUACUUCAAGUAUAUGAAUGAGUCAUUUGAUUUAGGAAACCAAACUUGCCUGGCAAAAGUUCUUGGGAUUUAUCAGGUAACUGUAAGACAGACAAAAAGUGGGAAAGAGAUGAGACAUGAUCUGAUGGUAAUGGAGAAUCUUAUGUUUGGUCGAAAGAUUACUCGCCAGUAUGAUCUGAAAGGGGCUCUGCAUGCUCGAUAUAAUUCAGUUGUUGAUGGUUCAGGGAAUGUUCUGUUGGAUCAGAAUUUUGUCAAGGAUAUGAAUUCCUCUCCACUUUAUGUUAGUAAUAACUUGAAGCGUAUCUUGCAACGAGCUGUUUGGAAUGACACAACUUUCCUCACUUCGAUAGAUGUGAUGGAUUAUUCUUUACUUGUGGGGGUAGAUACUGAGCACCAAGAGCUUGUUUGCGGUAUAAUAGAUUAUCUUAGGCAGUAUACCUGGGACAAGCACUUAGAAACUUGGGUUAAGUCUUCUCUUGUUCCUAAAAACGUGCUGCCUACUGUUAUUUCUCCAAUAGAUUACAAGAAGAGAUUCAGAAAAUUCAUGUCGACACACUUCCUUAGUGUGCCAGAUCAUUGGUGCUGGAAGAGUCAUGCAGCCUGUGUAAACUCUGGCACUGAUGAUGAUAAUUCUCCUCAGUAACCUACAUGGAAAGAAGCCAAAGGGUUUUCCUUCCUGCAUUUUUUGUAUCUUGUUUCUAAAUUCAUUUAUUUAGUUCAACCAUUUUACAACGAGUAAAUUACUGUAAAUAGUUCAGUGUCAAAAUUUCGAUUCCCCACCCUGUCAUUCUGCAAUUUUUAGCAAAUUUCAAGGGUUUACCGUGUAUCUAUAGGUCUGCCUUGUCCGGCUUAAAAUAGGUUUUUUUUUUUGGGUGAAGUUGGCCGGGAAAAUUUAGAGCUUGCAGUGUUUGAAAGACUGUUUACUUUGAGUUAAUGAAAAGUUUCAGCUAUAUUCCAUUAAUA